AUGUUAUCUUCAAAAAUGCUAACCCCUAUUCCUAUUAGCUUAUUGUCCAUCAUGAUUAUUUUAUAUGGCGCUCAGUCAGUUCCACCACAGAAUUGUGUUUGUUCUAACCCUCACAAUAUUGGUCCUAAUGGUACUGUUCCUUGUAACAAUACUAAAUGCAGCCGUGGCGAUAAUCUUGCUUGCAAUGCGACUGAUCCUUAUAACGUUUUUGCUAAUGGUGCUUUUUCUUUUACUCUUUAUAAUAUUCCCGAUGAAAGUUAUUUUAUUCUUUUUGGUUGUAAUUGUCCCGGUUUUAAGUAUAAUUAUGGUCAUGGUGGUUAUAAUGGCUAUAUUGCUGUUGGUGGUCAUAAUGAUUACUUUUAUACUUACAAUAGUUGCAGCGAUUUUAAUCCUGAUCUUGAUCUUGACAAUAUUACUAUUUGUUGCAAUUAUUGUUGUGGUCCUGCUUAUAUUCCUGCCAGUGAUUAA